AAAGGCGGCGCGCCGGAGCCCGAGACCCGGGAGCCGCCGCCGCCCCGCCGCCGCCCGCAGCCAGGGGAGCAGGAAGUCCGGACGCGGCCCCCAUAGAUAUGGCAAUGGUAGUCAGCACGUGGCGCGACCCUCAGGACGAGGUGCCCGGCUCGCAGGGCAGCCAGGCCUCGCAGGCGCCGCCCGUGCCCGGCCCGCCGCCCGGCGCCCCUCACACGCCACAGACGCCCGGCCAAGGGGGCCCGGCCAGCACGCCGGCCCAGACGGCGGCAGGCGGCCAGGGCGGCCCUGGCGGCCCGGGCGGCGACAAGCAGCAGCAGCAGCAGCACAUCGAGUGUGUGGUGUGCGGGGACAAGUCAAGCGGCAAGCACUACGGCCAGUUCACGUGCGAGGGCUGCAAGAGCUUCUUCAAGCGCAGCGUGCGGAGGAACCUGAGCUACACGUGCCGCGCCAACCGGAACUGUCCCAUCGACCAGCACCACCGCAACCAGUGCCAGUACUGCCGCCUCAAAAAGUGCCUCAAAGUGGGCAUGAGACGGGAAGCGGUGCAGAGGGGCAGGAUGCCGCCCACCCAGCCGACCCACGGGCAGUUCGCGCUGACCAACGGGGACCCCCUCAACUGCCACUCGUACCUGUCUGGAUAUAUUUCCCUGCUGCUGCGCGCCGAGCCCUAUCCCACGUCGCGCUUCGGCAGUCAGUGCAUGCAGCCCAACAACAUCAUGGGCAUCGAGAACAUUUGCGAACUGGCUGCGCGGAUGCUCUUCAGCGCCGUCGAGUGGGCCCGGAACAUCCCCUUCUUCCCUGACCUGCAGAUCACGGACCAGGUGGCCCUGCUUCGCCUCACCUGGAGCGAGCUGUUUGUGUUGAAUGCGGCGCAGUGCUCCAUGCCCCUCCACGUCGCUCCCCUCCUGGCUGCCGCCGGCCUGCACGCCUCGCCCAUGUCCGCCGACCGGGUGGUCGCCUUUAUGGACCACAUACGGAUCUUCCAAGAGCAAGUGGAGAAGCUCAAGGCACUGCACGUCGACUCGGCCGAGUACAGCUGCCUCAAGGCCAUAGUCCUGUUCACCUCAGAUGCCUGUGGUCUCUCUGAUGUAGCCCAUGUGGAAAGUUUGCAGGAAAAAUCCCAGUGUGCUUUGGAAGAAUACGUUAGGAGCCAGUACCCCAACCAGCCAACGCGAUUCGGAAAGCUUUUGCUUCGCCUCCCUUCCCUCCGCACGGUCUCCUCCUCAGUCAUAGAGCAAUUGUUUUUCGUCCGUUUGGUAGGUAAAACCCCCAUCGAAACCCUCAUCCGGGAUAUGUUACUGUCCGGCAGCAGUUUUAACUGGCCGUAUAUGGCAAUUCAAUAAAUAAAUAAAUCAAAAUAAGAAGGGGGAGUGAAACAGAGAAAGAAAAGGCAAAAGACUGGUUUGUUUGCUUAAUUUCCUUCUGUUAAGAAAGGAUAUAAAAGGAUGUUACAAGUUUGCUAAAAGAAGAGAGGGAAGAAUUUAAUGGACUGUGAAUUUCAAAAAAAA